UAGGGUAAUAAUAGUAUCUACCUUAAAGAGUUGCUGUGAAAAUUAAAUAGUUUAGUACAUGUAAAGUGCUUAGACAAAGUACUUGGCAUUAAGCGAGAGUUGGAUAUAUAUUAGCCAUCAUUAUUAACCACCUGGGGGAACUUCAGCUGAUUUGGAGUCUAGGCAUACAACUGGAAAGGCCUGCCUAGGAGUGUCUUGUGAAUGUGAUUUGCAUAACGGUCUAGGCCCAGCUGACGUCAAGGGCUCCUUAUAGCUCCAGGUCAGUUGUAGCCCUGGAUGUAGUUCCUGCCACUCAACAGUCCCACAAUCUCCCCACCAACCCUGCUUCCUACCCAACUACUGCAGCACCAGGAAGUGAAACAAAGAGGCAGAGCCCUGUGCCUCCAACUCACCCUUGUCCCUCUCAUCCCAUCCCCCAGGCUCUACUUCCUCCUCCUUUUCAUCUUUCUUUCAUCUCUUAUCUUUUAGGGCUCCCAGAAUGGGGACCAGAGAUGGGAAGAGCAAAGGAGACGUUGUACACAAGUAAGGACCAUCCAGUUGAAAAUAAUGCUGUUUCCAACUGAGAAAAAGAAGCCUGUUUAUUCCUAAUAGAGGGCAUCAGGUAGGAAUCAAACUUCAUUGCAAACAGCUCACCAUCCUAUUGGGAGAUGAAUGAAUGUUUCUUUGUUUUGUUUUUUCCUCAAGCAGGAGGAAGUGAGGAAAUUAGGUUUGGGGUGGGGUAGGGGUAUAGCUUUGAGAGGCAAAAAGAUCAGGGAAAGGUCAAACAGGAAGGAACUUGAGACCAGAUUGAUUUAAAUAUUUGUUCUCCCUUCCCCCCUCCAGCCCCAUCCCUGCUGUGCACUCCCCACCGCCCCCCAUCCCCGCCCCUUCUACAGCCAUUUCAAUUCCUGGAGAGCAUUACACAUGUGUCCCAUCCCAGGCCUCUAGCCACAGCAACCACACGACUCAUUUCCCCUGGAACUGAAGCUGCAUACCUGGGCUCCCCACAGAGGGGGAUGAUGCAGGGAGGGGAAUCCCACCUGCUGUGAGUCACCUGCUGGUAUAAAGGGCGGGCCUUACAAUGCAAGGACCUUAAAAGACUCAGAGACAAAGGGAGAAAAACAACAGGAAGCAGCUUACAAAGUCGGUGAACAACUGAGGGAACCAAAUCAGAGACGCACUGAACAGAAUCAGGCUCAAAGCAAGUGGAAGUGGGCAGAGAUUCCACAAGGACUGGUGCAAGGCACAGAGCCAGCCAGAUUUGAGAAGGCAAAAAAGAUGCUGGGGAGCAGAGCUGUAAUGCUGCUGUUGCUGCUGUCCUGGACAGCUCAGGGCAGGGCUGUGCCUGGGGGCAGCAGCCCUGCCUGGGCUCAGUGCCAGCAGCUUUCACAGAAGCUCUGCACACUGGCCUGGAGUGCACAUCCACUAGUGGGACACAUGGAUCUAAGAGAAGAGGGAGAUGAAGAGACUACAAAUGAUGUUCCCCAUAUCCAGUGUGGAGAUGGCUGUGACCCCCAAGGACUCAGGGACAACAGUCAGUUCUGCUUGCAAAGGAUUCGCCAGGGUCUGAUUUUUUACGAGAAGCUACUGGGAUCGGAUAUUUUCACAGGGGAGCCUUCUCUGCUCCCUGAUAGCCCUGUGGGCCAGCUUCAUGCCUCCCUACUGGGCCUCAGCCAACUCCUGCAGCCUGAGGGUCACCACUGGGAGACUCAGCAGAUUCCAAGCCCCAGUCCCAGCCAGCCAUGGCAGCGCCUCCUUCUCCGCUUCAAAAUCCUUCGCAGCCUCCAGGCCUUUGUGGCUGUAGCUGCCCGGGUCUUUGCCCAUGGAGCAGCAACCCUGAGCCCCUAAAGCCAGCAGCUCAAGGAUGGCACUCAGAUCUCCAUGGCCCAGCAAGGCCAAGAUAAAUCUACCACCCCAGGUACCUGUGAGCCAACAGGUUAAUUAGUCCAUUAAUAUUAAUGGGACCUGCAUAUGUUGAAAAUUACCAAUACUGACUGACUUGUGAUGCUGACUUAUAAGGUUGAGUAUUUAUUAGAUGGGAAGGGAAAUUUGGGGAUUAUUUAUCUUCCUGGGGGCAGUUUGGGGAGGAUUAUUUAUUGUAUUUAUAUUGAAUUAUGUACCUUUUUCAAUAAACACUUAUUUUUGUGGCUA